AGGAUAACAUACUGUCAGGAUCUUGGGAUGGGGCGCCAGAUCUGGCGGAACAAGGUACUUCUCUUUGCCCUAAACCAAGAUGGCAGCACCGUGGCCAGGAAGCUGCUGAGUUAGUUUCCGCCCUUUACCAAGGUGGAGGAGGCCGCUCCGUUCUUUCCGGCUGGCUCACUUCCUCCGUACACGCAUGCGUAUCAAAGGACGCGUAUCCCCGUAGCUGCAGCUGAGAGCCGAUGUUUGGGUAAAAGAAAGGGGCGGAGAAAAGGUGGAACUUCCUCUUCUCUCAGCAACGGGGAUCGCGGGAGUGCCACGUCCGUCUGUGUGAAUCGAGGAGAGAGGAGAUCCCGGGAGCGGUAAUCACGAUGGCCCACGGAGCCCCUGGAGCCAGAUGCUGGAGGGCUGUGGGGUUGGUGACUUCGGUUGCCCUAGAGCUCCUGGUGUUUGGGCUUGGGAGCCACGCAGACUUGCAUGAAGAUAUGCAUAAAGAUUUCCAUCAUCCUGGCCAUGGGCACUCACACAAGGAUUUUCACCAUCCUGGCUAUGGACACUCGCACGAGGAUUUCUACCAUCCAGGCCAUGGGCACUCACAUGAUGAUUUCCACCAUCCAGACCAUGGACAUUCCCAAGAAGAUUUCCAACAUCAUGGCCAUGGUCACCUGCACAAAGAUUUCUACCAUCGUGAUCAUGGUCAUGAAGAUUUCCAGCAUGAUGGCCAUGAAUAUUUGCAUGAUGGUUUCCAUCAUGGUCACAGCCACACACCAGGACACCAUGGCCACACACAUGAGAGUUUUUAUUAUGAGGCUGACCCCUUGCACAGUAGGCAUUCACAUGAAGGAAAUGGACCCCACCACAGAGGUCACUCUCAUGACCAUGGACACAGUCAUGCUCAUGAAUAUGGACAAAGCCCCAAAGGCAUAGGGGAUUCUGAGGUUCUAGGCGGUGUGCAGGACCUAGACACUGUCAGUCUUUGGGCAUAUGCUCUGGGGGCGACAGUGCUGAUCUCAGCGGCUCCAUUUUUCAUUCUUUUUCUUGUACCUGUGGAAUCCAAUUCCCCCCAGCACCGCUCACUCCUGCAGAUCUUACUCAGCUUUGCCUCUGGGGGACUUCUGGGAGAUGCCUUCCUUCAUCUCAUACCUCAUGCCCUGGAACCUCAUUCUCAUCAUGGGGAUGUAGAACAUCACUUUGAGGAAAGGCCAGGACACGAACAAUCCCAUAGCCACCAAGGCCCAAUUCUCUCUAUUGGACUCUGGGUUCUCGGUGGAAUCGUUGCCUUUCUUGUGGUGGAAAAAUUUGUAACACAUGUGAAGGGAGGACAUGGACAUGGACAUGGACAUGGACAUGGACACGGACCCAAGCAUGGGCAACAUAAACUCUCAAAGGAAAAACAGAGCUCAGAUGAGGAAGAGAAAAAGAAAGAGAUUGGAGAAGCAAGGAAGAGAAGAGGAGCAGGGAAAGAACUGAAUGAUGGUCCAAUAAAACAGCUUAACUCUGAAGAGAAGAAAGGGGGUUCAGACUUGCGUGUAUCUGGAUACUUGAACCUAGCUGCGGACCUGGCUCACAACUUCACGGAUGGUCUAGCAAUUGGGGCCUCUUUCAGAGGGGGCCGGGGACUAGGGAUUUUGACCACACUAACUGUCCUGCUACACGAGGUACCCCAUGAAGUUGGGGAUUUUGCCAUCCUUGUCCAGUCUGGCUGCAGCAAGAGGCAGGCGAUGGGCCUUCAACUGCUUACGGCACUGGGAGCUCUAGCAGGCACAACCUGUGCCCUCUUGGCUGAAGGAGGAUCCCAGGCAAACAAUGCUGCUGGUGGUAAUGGCCCUGGUUGGGUCCUCCCAUUUACAGCUGGUGGCUUCAUCUAUGUGGCAACUGUGUCUGUACUGCCUGAACUACUGAAAGAGGCUUCUCCCCUGCAGUCCUUGCUGGAGGUUCUGGGGCUGUUAGGUGGAGUUGCUAUGAUGGUUUUGAUUGCCUACCUUGAAUGAGAGGUGG